GCAAGAUCACGUGAUGGUUAAGAGAAAUAAACGAUACAUUGAAUUAGAUGUACCAUUUUACAUAACAAAGAGUGAAAAUCUAGAUAAGUUUUUAGAGAAAAUAAAUAACAAACCUCAGUCUUAUACCUUUUAUUUGGACGAUGUAGAGCAUUUUAAUGAAACAAUAAAUACUAUUGUGAAUUCGGUGAAUUUCAGAGAUGCCUUUUACGUGGUUUUUAUUUUUAAUGAAGAUCAGAUAAUGGGGGUACAGAUGAUUGCAGACAUAAUGUGGGAAUACAGAUUACUAAAGACUAAAAUCAUUGUUCUAAACUCAAACCAAGACAUUUUUAAAAUCUACAACAUCACUAUCAAUGAUUGUGGUUCAACAAGUAACGCCUCAUUGAUUUAUGAAUACUCACCUAAUCAAAAUUGCUCUGUAGACACUUUUUCUUCAAAAAUUAACAUUAAAGAAGUGUUCAAAAACUGUCCUUUACACAUAACUUGGUCUGCCUUGCCUCCAUUCGUUAAUUUACCAAAGGAUCCAAGAGGAGGACUCUUCCUGGACAUGUUAGAUCCAUUUGGCGCAAUCUCUGGACGUCUAGUAACUUACAGACCUUACAACCCAACAUAUCUGGAAGAAUUACGAUUUAUGUACUAUGGAUCAGUACAGGAAGACCUAGAAAAUGAAUAUGCUGAUAUAUUUGUGGGACCUACAGAUUUAGCACUCAUGGAACUAUUUGAUCUGUUGCCUAUAAUCACUUCUGAUAGCCUAGUAAUCAUUGUACCUACUCCAGUUGAUAAUUAUUGGGAUACUAUCAAGAAAUUAGCUGGGUUUGAUAGAGUGCUGCUGUAUUUUGGAGCCUUAGGUGCCAUGACCUUUACAUUUUACCUUUUGGUGAGAUCCAUAGAACCAGAAUUUGGAUCUUUUGCCCAGGUAGUGUUUAUGUUUUUGGGAACGUAUUUGAACGUGGAUAGUUUUGUGAAAUGGCCUAAAAAUAACUAUCUCAGAUGUUUUCUAGCAAUGUGUCUGUUAGGAACAAUAAUAAUAAUAGUAUACACUCAAGCCUGUGUUUUUGGUAUAUUAUUUGAGUCUGUAUAUGGAAAACCUAUCACGAACAUGGAAGACUACCUCAAAACCGAUAUUCCUUUAAAACUAAUAAACGGAACUGAUGCUUUAUUUCAAAGUUUUGGAUCAAAGGAAUACAAGGAGAUGUACAAUCGUCGUCAGCUGCUGAUCGAGUUUUCUAAUCUCGAAGAUGCAGCUGAUCAUGCUGUUGCACAAAGAAAUUUUGCCACCAUGACAGAUAUGGCUUACACAUUGACGAAACCGAACUUCAACAAAGCCUUCGGUCAUUUUGAGGUGUGGAAUAUGAGGCUGUGUUUUGCUGUCAAAAAAAAUCAGUAUUACUUCCAACAAUUUAAUGACUGGUUCUCAAUAAUCAUCGAAUCAGGAUAUUACGAGAAAUAUAAGAGGCUAUACCAGGCGAAAAGUGCAUGGAAGAAUAAUUUAGAACUGGAAAAACAAAACUUUGUUUUGUCUUUGCGAAAAUUCUUAGUAGCUUUUGUAUCUUUGAUGAUCGGAUUGUUUUUUUCGUCUGUUGUUUUUAUUGUCGAGUUGUUUAAUUAUAAAAUAUUUAACAAGUAUUGCAAAUCUAAGAAAUAAUUAUAUAUCUCUUAAUAAUAUAGUAUGAUCGAAAAAAAAACGGUGUUAAAGACGGCUGGGGACGAU